AUGGCUAAACGCGCCAAGAAGGUCGGGAUAGUCGGGAAAUACGGGGCCCACUAUGGUGCCUCCCUCCGGAAAAUGGUGAAGAAAAUUAAAAUCAGCCAGCACGCCAAGUACACUUGCUCCUUCUGUGGCAAGACCAAGAUGAAGAGACGAGCCGUUGGCAUCUGGCACUGUGGUCCCUGCACAGUGGCUGGUGGGGCCUGGACCUACAAUACCACUUCUGCCAUCACAGUGAAGUCUGCCAUCAGAAGACUCAAGGAACUGAGAAGUGCUACCGUUUGA